UUCACAGAGGGGGAACACAUGUUGAGGCUGGAGAGAGAUGAUUUUGGCUGCGGGGCUGCUCUUUGUGUAGUUUCAUCUCUCCCAUCAAAGUAGUUGGGUGUGAGAGUUUUUGUGUGUGUGUGUGUGUGUGUGUGUGCGUGUGUGAAGUGUAGAUGUGGAAAGGCGGCGAUUGAAGCCGUCGUGUAGAAAUGGAUGCCCGUCACGCCGUCUGGUUUCAUCUCCUGGCCCUCCUCCAGCCUCCGGCCAGGGCCUCCAUGGAUUCCUGCUACGACGAGGAAACGUCCGACCCCAGCCGCUGCCUGCCCAAAUUCGAGAACGUGGCCUUCAAUCGGAGCGUAGAGGCGUCCAACGAGUGCGGAUCCCCGCCCGAGGACUUCUGCACGCAGAUGGGCUCGGCGGCGCGCUCGUGCCACCGCUGCGACGCCUCGGACCCGAGCCUUAGCCACGGCGCCGCCCUGCUGACCGACUUCCACAGGAACGACGAGCCCACGCGGUGGCAGAGCCAGUCCAUGUUCUUUGGCAUCCAGCACCCAAAUUCCGUCAACCUCACCCUCCGUCUGGGGAAGGCCUUCGAGAUAACAUACAUCAGACUCAAAUUCUACACCACUCGGCCGGAGAGCUUCGGCAUCUACAGGCGCACCGAGGUGGACGGACCGUGGCUGCCCUAUCAGUUCUACAGCGCCUCCUGCAGGGAAACCUACGGCAAGCCAGCAAAUGGUUUCCUACUCCUGGGAGACGACGAGAGGACGGCUUUGUGCACGGACGAGUUCAGCGACAUCGCCCCGCUCACUGGCGGCAACGUGGCCUUCUCCACCCUGGAGGGACGGCCCAGCGCCUACAACUUCGACCGGAGUCUCGUCUUGCAGGAAUGGGUGACGGCGACCGACUUGCUCAUCUCCCUGGACAGGCUCAACACCUUCGGUGACGAGGUCUUCAAGGACGGCAACGUCUUGCGAUCGUACUUCUACGCUAUCUCUGAUUUCUCCGUGGGUGGCAGAUGCAAGUGCAACGGCCACGCCAGCGAGUGCGUGUGGGCCGAGCGCGGUAGAGACGGCGGAGGCGAAGGCCUGGUCUGCGCCUGCCAGCAUCACACGGAGGGGGACGACUGCCACAGAUGUCAGCCCUUCUACCGGGACAGACCCUGGGCGCGAGCCACUGGGGAAUCGGCUAACGAGUGUCUGCGGUGCGACUGCAACGGCCGCUCGGACCUGUGCGCUUUCGACGUGGAGCAGUACCGCGGCACGGGCAGCGGGGGGCGCUGUCUGGAGUGCCGGGACAACACGGACGGCGCCCACUGCGAGCGAUGCCGGGAGAACCACUUCAGGCGGUCGCCCGACCAGCCCUGCCUGCCCUGCAACUGCAACACCGACGGCUCGGCGAGUCUGCGGUGUGACAGCGAGGGACGAUGCGCGUGCGGCGGCCGAGGCGUGACGGGCGACAAGUGUGACACGUGUCGCCCGGGUUUCCACUCGCUCGGCCCCGGUGGCUGCAGGCCGUGCGAGUGCGCCCCCGGUGGCAGCGAGGGCGUCUGCUCGCCGCUGGACGGCGGCUGUCGCUGUAAGGCCAACGCCGAGGGGGGAGGCUGCGGCAGAUGCAAGCCAGGCUUCUUCAACCUGCAAGAAAACAACCCGGCUGGCUGUCAGCCGUGUUUCUGCUUCGGCCACUCGCUGGCCUGCUCCUCGUCCGGCGCCUUUGUGGCCGUCAACAUCACUUCGGAUUUCAUGGAAGAUCAGGACGACUGGCUGGGCGAGUUCUCCGGGGGACGGCUCGACCCCCUGCUGUGGAAGGAGGGCGAAGUCUAUUUGCUGCCUCUCUCCGAGGAGGACCCAGGCUUCUACAGAGCCCCGGACAAAUUUGCGGGUGACCAGAGCCACAGCUACGGCCAGCUCCUCUCCGUCACCUUCACCUCGGAGACCCCGCAGCUGCUUCCCGACCGCGUCGCCGCGCUGCUCGACGGCUCCGGAAUCACGCUCGGCGCCGAACUCGCGCCCGACCCGGCGCGACGGGACGACCCCGGCGUCUUGCCACGGAAAACCUUCGUGGUCCGGCUUGAUGAAAGCCAGAUGACGCCAAAGCUGUCCGCCUCGGCGUUUCGCCGUCUCCUGCACAACGUGACGGCACUACGCAUCAGCAACGCCGGGGGCCUCAACUACACAUCGCAGCUCUCGAGGGUCCAUCUCGCCUCCGCAUCCCCCGCCGCCGGCGAGACGGCGCCACCUGCCCCCUGGGUGGAAAGCUGCACCUGUCCCGUCGGCUUCGUCGGCCAGUUCUGCGAGCUGUGCGCGCCCGGGUUCACCCGGGAGGUCCUGAGCGGCGGACCGUUCUCGGCGUGUAUCCUGUGCGACUGCCACCAGCACGGAACUUGCCACGCGGAAACUGGUGAGUGCGAGUGCUCAGACUUCACCGGCGGGCUGACCUGCGAGCGCUGCAUGGACGGUUACUACGGCAACGCCUUGAAUGGCACGCCGGGCGACUGCCAACCUUGCCCUUGCCCCGGCGGGACUGGCUGCAUUCAGGUGGGCGCCACCGAUCAGGUGGGCGCCACCGAUCAGGUGGUCUGCAGCGACUGCCCGGCCGGGCAAACGGGUACUCGCUGCCAGAUGUGCGAAGACGGUUUCUACGGCGACCCGCUGGGGCGUUCGGGGCCGGCGCGGGCGUGCGCCAGAUGCGAGUGCAGCGGUAACGCGGACCCGAACGCGGUGGGCGUGUGCGAUCGCCUGACCGGCCGCUGCCUCAAGUGCACGGGCGACACCGAGGGCGACCGCUGUCAGAGCUGCCGCCGUGGUUACUAUGGCGACGCUCGCAGCCACACGCUUGGACCGAAGUGCAAGCCGUGCAGCUGCCACCCCGCGGGAACGUCGGGCCACGCCACGGAGUGUCACCCCGACACGGGAAGUUGCGAGUGUCUGGACCACGUGACCGACCGGGACUGCAGCCGCUGCGAGAGAGGCUUUUUUAACCUCCGACACGGCGUGGGUUGCGAAAGCUGCGCGUGUCAUCCCAUCGGCUCGUCGUCCGCCGCCUGCCACCCGAUCACGGGACAGUGCUCGUGCAGGUGCGGCGUGGAGGGGCGGCUGUGUGACGCCUGUCGAAUGGGCUUCUUUGGAUUUUCGUCACGAGGAUGCAGAGCCUGCGACUGCGACCCCAUGGGUGCCGUGUCCAUGCAGUGUCACGGCGACGGCACGUGUCCGUGUCGGCCCGGCUUCACCGGCUCCAAGUGUGACAGAUGCCAGCCCAACUUCUUCCACCACAGAGGGACGCACCAGUGUGAGGAGUGUCCCGCCUGCUACGGAUUGGUGCAGCAACAGGCGGAGAAUCUGCGGACGCGCCUGCAGGACGCCGAGGAGCUCCUGGCUCGCUUCGAUUGCCGAGGCCGAUUCGGGAAGCGGCGUCCCCCGACGGGAUAUCCGACCGACGGGAUUCACGAGAACCAGCGGGACGGAGAAGCGCUGCCCAACGCAUUGGAGGAAUUUCUGGCCUUCCAAGAGGCUCGGGAGGCCUUCAUACAACAAUUCUCCUCCCUGGAGGCGUCCACUGGCGCCCUGGAGGCCCGGCUGCGCGACCUGGCGGCCGCGUUGAACUGCGGCACGGCCACCAAAGAGGAAGAAGCGGAGGAAGAGGAGCGAGGAGCCACGUGUCGGACUUUAGCCGGGGUCGCGCUGGUUGUCGGAGAGUCCCAAAGGCAACUGGAGCAGGCCACCAAGGACCUGGAUACCGUGAUCAUCCCUUUUGAGGUUGAGUCAGGACCAAAUCAAUGGAAGAUGAUGGUCAAUGAGUCUCAAGGCCUCAAGAAAAGCCACGGAGACGCCGCGGAGCGCAUCGAGGUCGCGGCCGGCGGGGCGCUCGCCGCUUCGAAGCGCACCUUCGCCUUACUGCUGGAGCUGCUGCAGGACAACUCCACCGACGAGUACGUCGAGGACUUGACGCAACGAAUGGCACAGAUGCAGCAGCAGAGGCAAAAUCUGACCGCCUGGGCGAGCGAGAGCGAGAGCGAUGCCGAUCACGAGGCGCUACAGGAGGACGCCGCCGGGCUGCAGCUCGCCCUCAGUAACGUCACGUCGCAGCUCAGUCGCACCGACGCCAGCGAUGCGGUCGCCGAGGUUCGGCGGGGCGACUCCCUGUUGAAAAAGACCCAAGAACUGGAUCAACACAUCCGGUCCAAAGACGACCUGAUUGGCAAGAUCACAAACGACGCUCGCUCCCUGGCGGAGGCCGUCAGCGACAAGCAGGAAAUUCUUAGCGACGUCCCAGAGCUGAAAGCUCGCGCUAAAUGGGCGAAAGUGGUCGCCUUGGCUUCAGUGGUGACAGGAAAAGGGACCGAGUCUGAAGAAAUCAGCCUGCACCGGGAUCUAGAACACAUGGUGCGCGAGUGGCCCCGUCUGCAGGCCCAGACCAGGACUGCCAUGAAGAAGAAGAAGCCCCUGGAGGACAAAGUUCUGGCCGGUGUCACCAAUGCGGUCUCGGAGAUCCGAGAGAUCAUUCAGCCCGCACGGGAAAACUCCCGCUUAGCCAGAAACGCCUCUCGAGAAGCGGAACGUACUGCCGACACCGUGGCUGAGGAAUCGAAAGGCGUCCUGACGCAGGCUAAGCACGUGAGGACGGCCUGCGCUCACCUCAGCUCCCACGUGGAAUCCGCCUUGCAAAGUCUGGCCGCGCAGGCGACGCUCGCUGAGAGCGCGAUGUCCCACACCCCCGCCGAGCCGGCCCCGCCUCUGGCUGACGUGAAGAAGGACGUGGAGGCGGCCAAGCUGCAGUUGGAGGCCUACUCGCGCACGCUAACUGAGCUCAUCAGCAAAAUAGACGCGAGUGUGCCUCUGGAGCGUUUCCACCGCGUCCUGAACGAGACGGCGCGGCGCCUGAGUAUGCUUCGCGGCAGCGUGGAGAGUCCCCUGCUGGGCGCCAAGAUCGGAAGCCUGCGCUCGGCGGCCGAGGGCCAGCGGGGCCGCCUGGCGCUCCUGGAGCAGGACGUGCGGGAGAUCGUCCGGGAGAGAGACAGUCUCAGGGACAUCGCCCUGCACUUGCCGCCGUCCUGCCGGGAGGCCGGCGGCAAGGCCCGCGGCUAACCGCUGGAACUUCUUCGGUCAGCGCAAAAGGGUCACACUGGUACCUUGACUUACGAGUGACUUGAUUUGAGAGUUUGUCGAGAAUCAAGACGUCGCUUGGUCCAUUUAUUGCUUUGUCUUGCAAGCCCAAAUUUCAGUUCGAGUGAAGUGGGGGGGGGGGGGGGGGGCUG